ACUAGGUCAAAGGGUAGUCCCAAAUGUAAACAGUCGGAUCCGUCGGAGGGCAGGGCAGGUGAGAUAAUAUGAAGCUUUUGUCGAGGGCGGUGCAGUCUGCGCUGAGUCCGAGGGAGUGGAGCCGCAGACACUUCUGGGGCUGGCUCAAUGCAGUCUUCAACAAGGUGGACUAUGAAAGGAUCAAAGCUGUUGGUCCGGACCGAGCUGCAGCAGAGUGGCUGCUGAGAUGUGGUGCCAAAGUGAGGUUUGAAGGUUUCGAGCGCUGGCAUCACGACUACAACGCGCUGCCAACUGGACCUCUGGGCAGGUACAAGAUCCAGGGGAUUGACGCCACCGAAUCCUGCAUCAUGUACAGAGGGUUUGACCACCUGGACGGUUUGAAAUAUUUGGAGGAAAUCAAGUUCAACAAGUGUAUCUACAUUGAGGACACCUGCCUGGAGAAGUUGAGUUCAAUAGAGAACCUACAGGAGACUUUGUUGAUGAUGGAGGUGGUGUCGUGUGGGAAUGUGACUGAUAAAGGCAUCAUCGCCCUGCACAAACUCAGGAAUCUGGAGAAUCUGUUUCUCAGUGAUCUUCCUGGAAUCAAAGAUAGAAAUACGACAGUUGACAGACUGCAGACGGCACUUCCCCGUCUGGACGUAGUGCUGGAUCUGGACUGAUGGAGAAACCACUUCCUAUUUAAGAUUGUAAAAUAAGCAUGCCUUUAUUAAAAGGUUUUCAAAGUAAAAGACUCCAUUUUGAAGGAGGACAGACUGCAGCAUAAGGGGCUUUGAUCGUUCGACAUGUAGAUCCUUCAGUUAAACUUUUAAGUGUAUUUACAUGUGAAUCAUUACGUUUUUGUUAAAUGAGAGAGUGGAGAACAGCAGCAGCGUAAUCGCUCCUUUGCUUUUGUACCAGGAUGUACUUUAUCCAGUAAAUCUUGAGAUUGUCUUGUGUUGCACAUAGAAAAUGUCACUCACUGACUUCACGCUGAUCUUGUUAAUAGCAACCACAGUCGAGUAGAUGUUUUAUUUAAUGGGGGGAAUAUGUUUGUAGUAUUGUUGGAAAAAAACUUCAGUUUUAACUCUGUUUACGAAUUAACCAGGAUUAAAGAUGCAGUUUCCUGACAGAUUUUUAUCCUUGUCACUAAAUCCAAAUACCAAAAAGGGUGAAAAAAGUGCAAUUAGAUUAGCAGUUUAUAAUCAGACAGCAUUUCUAACAAGUCCCUUCAGGAUGUCGCAGGAUUUUUGGGGGAUUGUUGCGACUUAAAAUGCCUGAUUUUAAAUGCAAUUAAAUUGGGGGAGAAAAGGAGAAAAAUCGCAAAAAUAGUUUUUUUGUAUAAUUCAUUCAAAAUAUCAAAGGUAACUCGUCCCAGAGUUUGAAGUAUUCUGAGUAACCAAAAAGGCUCAUGAUUGUGAGGUUAGAUGUGAGACAUUUGUGUCACACAUGUUCUCAUGAUCUGCAUCUUCACAACCAGAAACAAGGAAGUGGGUUUGGUAACGUAUGGCUCAACGUUUUGAAACUACAAUGAUUGGUCAAAUUUUGUGGAAAAGAAGAAAGAGAAAGAGAAAGAGAAGAAGGAAGAGAGAACAGCAGCAAGGUUCGACUUCAUGGGAAAUUUUUCAAGUUCAAGCUUUAGAGAAACACUCCAGCAAAGAGAAGCAUUAAAGCACUUUAUAUUGUUGACACCAGUUUUUCUUUAUGGAAUUAACUAUUCAGUAGUUUAUUAUAACAUUUAAAAGGUAUUAAAGAUUGCUCUACAUGUGAGUACACAGAGAAAAUAAUUUGUGAAAUGCUGAGGACUUCAAGGAUUCAAGAGUUUAAAUCAUUUCCCUUUAGAUUAAUUUGGCAUUUGUACAAUAUCUGAGGACAGACAGAUGGCUGUGAACAUCCUUAGCACCAAAGUUGUAUAAAUGAGUACAAUGUGGUAUUGUGAAUGCUAUAUGCUAGUAAAUGUGGGAAUGUUUACAACUGUAUUCACUCCUGACGUCAAUAAAUAUUUUCAGAAAUGA